AUGGAACAGUUGAAUGCCACCAAUCAUAGCUCUACCGUAGUUAACUCUGAACAGUUCACUCUUACAGCAGUUAGUGUGAUGAAUCUACUGGCUCAACUGGAGUGGAGGGCCAUCGCAUUGGCCAUUCUUGCGUCUAUAUUGAUGACUUUGGUCGACGGCCACGGAAGAUUAUUUGAUCCACCAUCGCGCUCUACUGCUUGGAGAGUUGGUUUUGACACACCCAAAGAUUACAAUAGGCAAUGGUUGGUGAAUUCGGGUCGAUGUGGAGUGUGCGGCGAUCCCUAUGACGAGGUGAUUAAGCCACAUGAGGCUCCCGGUGGCCUUUUUGCCACUGGGACGAUCGUGCGGAAUUACACGCAAGGCCAAAUUAUUCCCGUCACGAUUCAGAUAACGGCUACGCACAGGGGCUUCUAUGAAUUCAAGCUCUGUCCCAAUAACAAUCCAAAGAAAGAUCCUACUCAAGACUGUUUCGAAAGGUAUCCAUUGAAUUUUGUGGACGAAACGGGCGCUACUGACCCCACGUUUAACCUGGAGAAACUAUCACCCGCCACUUAUCAGGUCCAAAUUCAGCUACCUCCUGAAGUCACAUGUAGUCAAUGUAUAAUCCAGUGGACAUACGUGACGGGUAAUCGAUGGGGAGUUUGUCCAGACGGAUCGAGCAGAUUAGGUUGUGGACCGCAGGAGUCAUUUCGGGCCUGCUCCGACGUAGCCAUUGCACCAUUCGGAGAUAUCUCACCUCAGACAACGACGGUGGCUCCCAUUUCGGUUGCAGCCGUUCUUCUAACUACAUCUUCAACAUCAACCCCGACCGCCGGAAUCCGCCCGACAACAACCCAGGCAACUACAAUCACCUCCGUUAGCCCGUUGGUAACAGCAACUGCGGUUACCUCGCCAUCUGCCCCACCAUUUUUGAUGACUACAACAAGGCGACCGGUUCGACCUACAAGGCCCUUGAGGCCAGUCCGGCCAAUGCGUCCCACCCGUCCUACACCUCCUACUAUCUGGUCAACAACCCAAAGACCUGGAACUGCUCCGGUUUUCACCAUAUCGCCGAUAUUUGGCCUUUUAACAAGACCACCAAUUCAAGCUAUCCUACGACCUACGGUGUUGCCUACUUCUCCUACCCCAGCCACUACUGUUCGACCCGUUCCGGUCCCAUCUGUUGACAGCGUAGAGUGUACAAACUAUGUUCCUGUCGCUUCACAAAACAGCAUGCCCGGCAUGACAGUCUGGUGUAACAAUAAUUGUCGACUCGGGUAUUGCCCUAAAGAUUACUGCAAGUGUGCUCAAUAAUUCACGCACCAAGUUCUCUUUUACCAAUGGCCGAGAAUUUAAAAUGUAAACAAAAUGUUAAGUGCUGCAAGCUAUUAAUGACGUUAAUUAUUGAGCAUUACAAAAAUGAUCUCUUUUCCCCA